AUGAAUAUUGAAGAAAGGAAAAUAAAAUUUCUUUAUUUUUUGAAGUAUAUAUAUGAAUAUAAAAAAGAUAUUAAUAGAAAUUUUAAUAUUAGCUCAAUUGAUUUUCAUUGUGCACAAAUUUUAAAUUUUGAAUCUGACGAUGAUUUUUAUUUUUAUAAUUUAAUUUUUAGCCAAUUUUCCUCUUUAGAAAGAUUAGAAAACUUAAGUUAUGGAGAAAUAAAAAAUGUAAUAGAAUAUUUAAAUAAUUUACAAAUAUCCUACAUUAAAUCACAAGUAAUUUUUAAUUUAUGCAUAUCAGAAUAUUUGAUAUCUUUUUAUAUUAAAGAGGAUACUUACAAUAACAUAAAUGGAUGUACUGGUAUUAAUGAAUUAAUUAUUUUAAAAAAAUAUUUAAAACAUAUAUUAAAAAUUUUUGGUUUUAAUAAUGUAUUUGAUGAUUUUGAGAUUCAAAAUAAUAAUAUAAGAAAUCAGAAAUUAGAAAAUAAAGGAAAACCUAAUGAUAAAUUUGAUAGAGAGCCAUUUACUGAUGUAUUAAACAAACUUAAACUUCUUAUUAAUUUGACAGAUAAAGAAAACAUUUCGAAGAAUUACACUAUUUUAAGAACAAAUAAUACAUUAAAAGGAAUAGAUAUACAAAACAAUUUAGACAAUCAUCGAUUUUCAUCAGGUAGUAACUAUUCUAGUGAAACAUAUACAAAUAAUGGAUUAAAAGAUUCAAAAAAUGAUCUCAAAGUAGAAAAAUUGCCAGUGAUAAAUAUAGGAGAAGACAGGGGGGGAAUGAAUAAAUUACAUAGUAUUACAAAUGAUAUAAAAAAUGAAAAUUUAGUAGAUUUAAAUUCUUCAAGAAAUCAAAGGGAAAAUUUUACAACAAAUAAUAUUUAUAAAAUAAAUAAAGAUGAUUUCCAUGCGUAUGCCUUCAAUAGAAACUGUAGCAAAUGUAAAAAAUAUUUUAAUAACACUAAAAAUAUUGAUUGUGAAAAUCCUAAUUAUUUAAAUAAUAAAUUAAAAAAAUUUAUUAAAUAUAAUAAUAAUAAUGAUAAUAAUAUUAAUGUUAAAUUAAAUGAAAAAAUUGAAAAACAUGAUUUAAGGAAUCAAGAAAAUAGUGAAGUAAAUUAUAAUUUUGAUAAACAUGUAGAGAAAAAUAAAACCAAAACAAUUGAAAUAAAUAGCAAGAAUCUCAAGGAUAUUAAGGAAAUAAUUAACAAAAGAUAUUUUCGAGAUAAAGAAAACAAAGAAUAUAGUUUCAAUGAAAAUGAUAAUGCUAACAGUUCACUGUUUCAAAAUAAAUGUAUUGAAAAUAAUACAAAUAUAAAUUAUGAAAAUAUUUCUUCAAAUCUUCCUUAUAUUAAUUAUAUUAAUAGUAAUACUUCACUAAAAGACAUGCUUAGUAAUAAAAUUUGUUAUCUUGUAAAUAGUAUUGGUAAUAAUUCAAAUAAUAACUAUAAUAAUAUUGAAAAAAACUGUAGUAAAACAAGCGACAUAAAAAGUUCACAAACAAUUUAUAAGAAUUUGCAAAAUCAUUAUAAUAUAUCUAAUAUAAACAUUGACUAUUUAAAAGAAAUAUGUACUCAAGGUUGUAUAAGCAUACAUAAUGAAAGAAAUAAAAAUAAUAUAUUUCAAAAUUUUAACAUAAUUUUAAAUAAUAUAUUUCAAUCAUUUUUCUAUAAAUAUAUUUUGUAUGAACAAGGUUGCACCAAAUCAUUACCAACAAAUAUACAAACUAUUUAUUUCAUAUUUUUAAAUCAAAUAAGAAAUAAUAAUAAUAAUAUAUUAAGCAGUUUAAGUAAAAUAUGCAACAUGUGCUUUCCUUUUAAAAGUAAUUUUAUCCUUUUAUUAAAUGAAUAUAUAAAAAACAAUAUUGAAAAAUACAAAAUAUCAUUAUACAAAUUUUUAUUAAAAAAUGAAUUAAAAGCUUCAACAAAUAACACAGAAAAUGAAAAUGUAUUGAACAAGGAAAAAUUAGAUCAAAAAGAAGUAAAUGAAAGAGAUGAAUAUAAAGAUGAAGAAGGGGAAAAAAAAGAAAAAAAAAAAAAAAAAACUUUGUUAUAUGCAAAUGAUUGUUUAAGCAAGAAAACGAAUUUUAAAAAUAAUCUUAAUAACCAAGAAGCAAUAUUAAAAGAUAAUAAAACAGAUGAAAUGGAUUGUGUGAACAAAAAUAAUAAUGAUAAAAUAAAAAUUAUUUGUUUAAAUUAUUUUGAUAACAAUAAAUUACUAGAAAAUAGUAGCACAUUAAAUAGCAACAAAAUAAAAAAUUCCUCAAUUUGUGAUAUCACGCCAUGUCCCUACAGCUUUUUAAAUUCCCAUAAUGAAAAUAAAAGUUGCGAUAAUGAAUUAAAAACUGGAAUAAAUAAUUCUCAUAAUUGUGUAAAUAACAAUAGUAUUCAUAUAGAAAAGAAUAUAGAAAAAACUUCAAAUAUAAAUGACAUGAAAAUUGAUGAUGUACUCAAAGAUGAUAAUGAUAUAUUAUUUAAUUAUAUAAAAAAUAAUUCAAUAAGUAAUAGUAAUGGGGAAUUCAUUAUUAAAAAUAUACUAAAUUACUUAUAUGGAAAUAGUAAUAAUAAUUUUAACAAUAAUUAUUUUAAUGUUUGUGAUAAUUAUUUAAAUAAAUACAAAAAUAGUAGCAGUAGUAAUAAUUAUGCUGAUAAUAAAUGUAGCUUUAAUAAUUUUAACCAUGGAGCAUUUAUAUUAGCAAAGAUCAUUAAACAAUAUUUAACUGAUAUAGAAGAUCCUUUAAACAAUUAUGAAGAUAAAGUAAUUGAUUACCUUGGAAAUAAUUUAAAUUUUCAAAUACUAAAGGAUAAAAUUAACAACUUUAAUUGUUGCACAAACAAUCAACAUUUAAAUAAAAAAAAUCAUUCUAAAUUAGAUAAAAAUGCUAGUGUUAAUAUUGAAAAUCCUCUUUUACAUAAUGCAUCUUUUCUAAAUUGUAACAACAAUAUUUUGAUUGAUAAAAACAAAAAUGAGAAAUGUUUUUGCAAAUGCAAAUGCAAAUUUAAAAAUAAUAAUAUAACACAAUUAAAAGAAAAAAGUGAAGUAAAUCAUUGUUUAUUUAAAAAUAGUAACAUUCCAUAUUUUGGAAGAUUUGAUGAUACUAACCUUAAAGGUAUAGAUAAGAAUAAUUAUAACUGUAAUGAAAAAGCAUCGAUUGGUAACUUUUCAAGAGAAAAUCCUGAAAACAAAAUUAAUAAUAAGAUAUGCAUAAAAAAUAAAAUACAUAGUUAUUUAAAUUAUAAUUAUUUAUGCAAUUUAGAAAAAAAAAAAAAAAAUAGUGAAAUAAAUUUUGAUAAUUUUCAAUUAAUUGAAACAAAUAUGAAUAAUGAAAAUGCUGUUAAUAACUUGAAUGCAUUUGAAAAUGAUAAAAAUAAUUUUGAUUCAUUUACUAAUACUUGUAACAUAAAAAAAUGUUAUCAACAUGGGGAAUAUGUAGCAUUAAAUGAUCACAUAAAAAUUAAAUUUGAUACAUGUAAUAAAAUAAAUUGUUCACAUACAAAUUUCAUGAAUCCAAUGAAAGCUUAUGAGUGUAUUAAAAUGAAAAAUACAAAUAAAGAGCAUGUAAAAUCAAAUUACAUAAUAGAUUUAAAUGAUUACAAAGGUUCUAUUAUUUGUGUUAAAAAUGUAACAAGUAUUCAUAUAAAUAAAAGUAGUAUUUUAUUAUUUGGAUCAAAUACUGUAAAUUGUGAGGAUGAUUUAGAUAAGAACAAUAGAUUCAUUAUUGACAAAGAAAUAAAUUAUUGUUAUAAUGAUGAAGAAAGUAAAAUUUUUAAUAAAUCUAACAUAUGUUAUAGUAGAAAAUCCUUACCUACUACUAAUAGAGAUUUAAAAAAAACACAGGUAGAAAAUAUAUUGUUACAUAAUAUAAAUGAGGACAGUGCUAAAAAAUUGAAUACGUUAAAUAAUAUACAUGAUAAUUCUAAAAUAGCAAGUACAUUGAAUGCUUUCGAUAAUAAUAAUUUUAAAAUAUCAAAUAAGUUAAAUAAUGUAAGCAUAGAUAAACAAGGAGCUAUCAAAUUGAAUAAUGAAAAUUGUUCAAAGAGUAAUAACUCUAAUCUCAAUAUUUCAUCAAAUUAUUUGAAGAAGACAAUUAGCUUGAAUAAUAAUUCUCAUAAUAUUGAACAAGAAACAUUGAAAAAUAUUAUUUCAACCAUAAAAAUAAAAAAAGAAAAAGAUGAUGAUACUAGUACUGUUUCUAAGAACUUAAACAAUAGUUCAAAUUCAUUUGAACAGAAAGAAGACAAAUUAAACAAAUUAAACAAAUAUUCUAAAAAAAGGAUGAGAGAUCACGAAGAGCAUACGAAUAAUGAAAAUGAAAAAAAAAAUAAAAGAUUAUGUAAGCAUUUUUCUUUAGAGGCAAAAAAAAAUAAUUAUAAUUCUAUAUGCAAUGAGGAUAUAAAAAAUAAUCUUAUAGAGGAAAUUAUUAAGAAAAUCAUUGUGUGUUAUUUAAAAAACAAUAUAAAUUAUUUAAAUAACAUAAAUAAAAUAAAUAAUUUUAAUGAUAAAAAUAAAAUAAAUGAUAUAUAUACUGUUUAUGGAAAAAACAAUGAAACAAACGAUAAUCAUAUGAAUAAUCAUAAUUCAAAAAAUGAGACAGAUAAUAGCUUUAUAAAUAAAAAUGAAAUGAACAGUAAUAUAAAUAAUAAUGAAUUAAAUAAUGAUGAAUUAAAUAAUGAUGAAUUAAAUAAUGAUGAAUUAAAUAAUGAUGAAUUAAAUAAUGAGGAUACGAAUAAUAUUAAAAAUAAUAAUAAUAAUAAUAAUGAUGAAACAAAUGAUAACUACGAAAUUAAUAAUAAUAAAAAUAUUAACGAAGUAUGUAUUAGUUAUAUAAAUAAUAUCUGUAAAAAUAAUAAUGAUACAAUUAAUAGCAAUGUAGUGAAUAAUAUAGAAACAAAUUACAACUGUGUUAGUAAUAAUACCUCAAAAAUUAAUGAAGAAAAUUUUAAUUUUACUAAUAAUAACAGUAUAAAUUAUAAUAAAGCUAGAGACAAUUAUAAAUGUAUUAAUCUAACUGAUGGAGAUAACACGAAACAAUUAGUGGAAAAAGUAAAAAAUGAAAAAAUAAAGUGCAUAAAUAAUACACUAAGUAAUUAUAUGAAAAAAAUAACUAGCAAUCAUAUAGGUUUGGAAAAUAGCAUAAAUGAUAAUGUGGUUACCAAUCCUUGUAGCAAUGACAAAAAACAAAGUAAAAGCUGUGGAAAGAUGAUUGACAUUAAUUAUGAUAAAAAUAAAAGGAAAUGUAAUAAACAAAAAUGCAAUUUAAAUUAUAAUACAUUAUUAACUCAAUUUGACUUCUUAGAAUAUUCGAACAAUGAAAAAUCAUUCUUUUUGAAUAAUAAUUUUGAAGAAAAUAUGAAAAAUCAAAAUAUAAGUGUAAAAAUGAAAAACACAAAAAAUAUAUCUAAUAAUGAGCUUAGGGAAUGCUUACAUUCAUUAAACAAUAAAAUGAAAGAAUGUCUUCAAGAAAAGUAUAUUAAAAACAAAGUAAAAAGUGAAGAGUAUAUGACAAGAAAGGAAAAUAACAGUGAACAGUGUGAUGGUUUCAUUGAAUAUGAUAAUAAUAUUAAUAAUAGUAAUAUAACCAAAGGAAGCAAUGAUACAAAAAUAAAUGAAGAAUUAGAGAAUGAAAAAAAUUAUUAUUUUAGUGAAAAGGGUAUUACUGGAAGCAGUAAUAAUAAUAUAAAACCAAAUAGUAAUAAUAAUAAUAUAAAUAUAAAAAAAGAAAGUAAUAUUGAUAGCAAAUGCACAUUAAAAGUAAAGGAGCAAGUGACAAAUAAGAAUAAACUAUUUGAUUUUAGCAAAAACAUAAAUGAAUUGGAUAAAAACAAAGAACCAAAUAUUAAUAAAAAUUGUGACUUAUCAAAUAAAAAUCUAGAAAAUAAUAAUACUACAAAUAGCGAUGUAGAAAAUCAUUCCUUUAUUAAUAGUAGAACGUCAAAAAGUUUUUAUAGUAUUGAAGAUUAUAUAAAUGAUUCAGAUAAUAGUAAAAAGAAAAAAGUAGAUAAAAAUAAAUUAGAAAAUUAUAAAACGAAAAAUAAUGAUGAAAAAAAAAAAAGAAAAAAUAAAAAAGAUUAUAGCAAUUCUUUAUUAAUGAAACAUGACCCACCUAUACCAGGUGUAAGUUUUGAUAGAAUAAAAAAUAGAUGGGUAGCAGGAUUAAGAACAGAAAAUGGAAGAUAUAUUCGAAAAUAUUUUUCAGUCCUUCGAUUUGGUAUGGAAGAAGCUAAAUAUAAAGCAAUAGAAUGUAGAAUAAAUUAUGGUAGUUCAAAAUGCAAAAGAAAAGGGAAGAUGAAUGCAGAUAUUAAAAAUGCAUUAAUAUAUUGUCAGAAUAUUGACAGAAACAGAUUAAUUAAUAUAUUAGAUGAAGAAUGCGGAAAAUCACUUUUUAUUUAA